CUAAAUCACAGGAGGCUGUUUUUUUAACAUCCUUACCUCUUAUGAGAAUAAACCCAAGCCCAAGAAAUGCCAUUUCUCCCUCUCCCCUAAAAACUUUGAAAGCAACAAGAUUGAAACUUAAUAAUAUUCUUUGGUCCUUAACAGCCUCCUUCUUUGAAAAAAAAAAAACGGUUGGGAAUUAAAAACCAAAGUUUUCCUCAAAUGACUUCAAUGGGAGUUGUUAAUGGUUCUGAGGAGAGUUCAGAUGUUUUGUUGGGUUCUGAUGAAGAAAAAAAGAGCGCAAGCUCAAAAGAAGAACUCACAGAUGAUCAAAACUCUCCUCGAGGAGUUUUAGAGAAUUCUUCAUCGAGUACAGACUCUGACAGUGGAAGCAGCAGCGAUCUCUCAUGUUUGGAGAGAUCGAGCAGCUCACAUUGGAGGAGUUUAUUUGGAGGUUUAUUGAGGAAGAAGAAGCCAAUGAUGAGGUUUUCAACAUUUCCUCCAAUUUUGGGGAGUUCUAGCUUAGAGAGAAUUGGAUCUGAUGAAAGUGAGAAGAUGGAGAGUGGAGAAUUUCAAGAAGAGAUUUUGAAGGGGAGGCCUUCAUGGAGGAGCUUUGAUUAUCAGGAGCUUGGAGUUGCUACUGAUAAUUUCAGUCCAGGUAAAUUAAUUGGAAAAGGAGGACAUGCAGAGGUCUACAAAGGCUGCCUUCCCGAUGGCCAACUCGUGGCCGUGAAGAGACUGAUGAAAAAACAAACUGAGGAUGAAAGGAUCAGAGAUUUCUUAUCAGAGCUCGGAAUUAUUGCUCAUGUUAACCACCCAAAUGCUGCACAACUUCUAGGGUUUAGUGUGGAAGGAGGAUUGCAUUUGGUUCUUCAGUACUCUCCACAUGGAAGCCUUGCUUCUGUUCUUCACGGUUCAACGAAGGUCCUCGAGUGGAAGUUCAGGUUCAAGAUUGCAUUAGGCAUCGCUGAAGGGCUACUGUAUCUUCAUGAAACAUGCCAAAGGCGCAUUAUACAUAGAGAUAUUAAGGCAUCCAACAUACUUCUUACUGAUGACUACCAACCUCAGAUUUCAGACUUCGGGCUUGCAAAAUGGCUGCCCGAUAAAUGGAGUCACCAUGUUGUUUUUCCUAUUGAAGGCACUUUCGGAUACUUGGCGCCAGAGUACUUCAUGCACGGAAUAGUUAAUGAGAAGACUGAUGUCUUUGCUUAUGGAGUUUUGCUUCUUGAGCUCAUAACAGGGCGUCGUGCUGUUGAUUCAUCUAGACAGAGCCUUGUGAUUUGGGCAAAGCCUCUACUUGAUUCAAACAAUCUGAAACAGCUCAUCGACCCAUCUCUUGGCGAUGCUUAUGAUCCUGAAGAAUUGAAGCGUGCGGUAUUGACUGCAUCAAUGUGCAUUCACCAUCUGUCUACAGCUCGCCCUACCAUGAGUUCGGUUCUACGACUUUUGAGAGGAGAAGAAGGAUUAGUCGAGCUAGUGGGGAGAGUAUCAAGGUUGAAUAUGAGAAGACCGCUGAUGUUUGAUGCUGGUGAUUCGGAAGACUAUACUUGUUCGAGGUAUCUCAAUGAUCUCGACAGGCACAAACAGCUUGCAUUGGAACAGUGAAUUCAAAUAUGAGAGUAAAAUAUGUUGCAUCAUUUUGAUUGUAUAUGAGGAUCCCUCGUUUGUCCAAAUUGAAUUGGUGCAAAGAAGGAUUAUGAUCUCAUGUCAAGAUUUCUAUUCAGGCUUAUUUGGUGAUUUGUAUCAAUGUAAUCUUAGCUCAUUGCCUGUUUGGAAUUGAACAAGUUUCUGUAAACUUGGUUAGUAAUGCCAGGGAAAAAACAGAUCAGAAUAUACCAUCAUGUUGAAACUGUUGAUUCAAA